GGGGGCGCCACCUCAGUCCUGGUGACGUCACGCCGGCCUGACGUCGAUCCUUUUUCCCUGCAGUCACCGCUGUAGUGGUUGUACUUUUUCAUCGGAGGGAGUACAUCGCACCAAAAUCCAACAUGGUGAACUUCACAGUAGACGAGAUCCGCAAUGUCAUGGACAAGAAGAAGAACAUCCGGAACAUGUCCGUGAUCGCUCACGUGGACCACGGCAAGUCCACACUGACCGACUCACUGGUCAGCAAGGCCGGUAUCAUCGCCUCACAGAAGGCCGGUGAAACACGGUUCACGGACACCAGGAAAGACGAACAGGAACGUUGUAUCACCAUCAAGUCAACUGCCAUCUCCCUUUUCUACGAGCUGGCUGAGAAGGACAUGGACUUUGUGCCUUCUGAAGGCAAGGAGAGCAACACCGAAAGGGGUUUCCUCAUCAACCUGAUCGACUCUCCCGGGCACGUGGAUUUCUCCUCCGAGGUGACUGCUGCCCUCCGUGUAACUGACGGUGCUCUCGUGGUCGUCGACUGCGUCAGUGGUGUCUGCGUGCAGACGGAGACUGUGCUGCGUCAGGCCAUCAGCGAACGUAUCAAGCCUGUGCUCUUCAUGAACAAGAUGGACCGCGCCCUGCUGGAACUGCAGCUUGAAAUGGAAGACCUGUACAAUAACUUCUCGCGCACCGUCGAAAACGUCAACGUCAUUGUCGCCACCUACAGUGAUGAAGACGGACCCAUGGGUAAUAUCAUGGUGUACCCAGAGAAGGGAACUGUAGGGUUUGGAUCCGGCCUUCACGGCUGGGCCUUCACCCUCAAGCAGUUCGGUGAGUUGUACUCCAACAGGUUUAAGAUCGAGCUCUCCAAAAUGAUGAAACGUCUGUGGGGUGACCAGUUCUUCAAUGCCAAUACCAAGAAGUGGGCCAAGACACCGGGAGAAGGCUACAUUCGUGGCUUCAACAAAUUUGUCUUGGAUCCCAUCUACAAGGUUUUCGAUGCCAUCAUGAACUUCAAGAAGGACGACACCGCCAAGGUGUUGGAAAAGCUUCAGGUGAAACUCACGACAGAAGAGAAGGGCCUGGAAGGCAAGCCCCUGCUGAAGGUGGCCAUGCGCAAAUGGCUGCCGGCCGGAGAGGCCCUCCUUCAGAUGAUCUGUACCCAUCUUCCGUCCCCCGUCACGGCACAGAAGUACCGUAUGGAACUGCUGUACGAGGGCCCUCACGAAGACGAGGCUGCUCUUGGCAUCAAAAACUGCAACCCUGAUGGCCCCCUCAUGAUGUACGUGUCCAAGAUGGUGCCCACCUCAGACAAGGGCCGUUUCUAUGCCUUCGGACGUGUCUUCUCUGGCAAGGUGGGGACUGGGCAGAAGGUGCGCAUCAUGGGUCCCAACUACGUCCCAGGGAAGAAGGAAGAUCUGUACCUCAAGACCAUCCAGAGGACCAUCUUGAUGAUGGGUCGUUACAUCGAGCCCAUCGAGGAUGUGCCGUGUGGUAACAUCGUGGGUCUGGUCGGUGUGGACCAGUACCUAGUGAAGACCGGGACGCUGUCCACGUUCGAGCAUGCCCACAACCUGCGUGUGAUGAAGUUCAGUGUCAGUCCUGUCGUGCGUGUUGCUGUGGAGCCCAAGAACCCGUCUGAGUUGCCCAAGCUGGUGGAGGGACUCAAGCGUCUGGCCAAGUCUGAUCCUAUGGUUCAGUGUAUCAUUGAGGAGAGUGGUGAGCACAUCGUAGCCGGUGCGGGAGAGCUGCAUCUGGAGAUCUGUCUGAAGGAUCUGGAGGAAGACCACGCAGCAAUCCCCAUCAAGAAGUCUGACCCCGUUGUCUCUUACCGUGAAACCGUGGAGGAGGAGUCAGAUAUCAUGUGUCUGUCCAAGUCACCCAACAAGCACAACCGUCUCUUCAUGAAGGCCAGGCCUCUAACAGAGGGCAUUGCUGAGGACAUUGACAGGGGAGACAUCAACGCACGUGACGACAUCAAGACCCGUGCCCGUAAGCUGGCGGACGACUACGGCUGGGACGUGACAGAGGCCCGUAAGAUCUGGUGCUUCGGCCCUGACACCAACGGCCCCAACAUGCUGGUGGACUGCACCAAGGGAGUCCAGUACCUGAACGAGAUCAAGGACAGCGUGGUCGCAGGCUUCCAGUGGGCCUCAAAGGAGGGCGUCCUGUGCGAGGAGAACAUGCGCGCCAUCCGCUACGACAUCCACGAUGUGACCCUCCACGCCGACGCCAUCCAUCGUGGCGGUGGCCAGAUCAUCCCCACGGCCAGGCGGUGUCUGUACGCCUGCCAGCUGACGGCCAAGCCCAGGAUCCUUGAGCCCAUCUACCAGGUGGAGAUUCAGUGCCCUGAGAAUGCGGUAGGAGGCAUCUAUGGAGUGCUCAACCGCAGAAGAGGCCACGUAUUUGAGGAGUCCCAAGUUGUGGGCACACCGAUGUUCAUCGUCAAGGCAUACCUGCCUGUCAAUGAGUCCUUUGGUUUCACGGCAGAUCUACGUUCUAACACGGGAGGCCAGGCCUUCCCUCAGUGCGUGUUUGACCACUGGCAGAUCCUCCCCGGCGACCCCUACGAAGACACCAGCAAGCCAGGCGUCGUCGUCACCGAGACCCGCAAACGCAAGGGCCUGAGUGAAGGCAUUCCCCCGCUAGACAAGUACCUGGACAAGAUGUAAAACAAAAGAGAAAAAAGGAUGUUCACUCUACAGCAGACGAAAGACAUAUAAAAUGUAAUUCUAAGUUAUGUAUUGGAGAAAGGUCUGUAUAAUUUGUUGCUACCAAAUCACAAAUUUUUCAUCCCUUUCAUGGAAGUAGGUAGUUGAUUUCAGACCAUCUGGCUUCCGACUUAAAAGGAAAACCGAAAGCCCUCACUGCCCUUUACAUAACAUUGUAGUACGUCUGAAUACAUCUGUAUAGAGGAGUCACUCACACCAUUGGUGUGGAGAAUAGCCUGGGCACAUGUAAGGAGACUUAACAGCUUUGAGACUCAUUACUGUGUGCUGGGAGUGAUGGGGGGAAAUUAAGCUAAAUAUUAUGCAAUUGCAAGUUUGUUCAGGUCAGGGGAAUGUCCAGAAGUCGGCUGACUGUGCAGGCGGUGUACAGAGUCUGAGACACACAAGGAUUUUGGAAAAUAGCUCAGAAAGAACUUACAAAACGGCUAAAAUAAAGAAAAAUAAAAAUCUA